AUGUGUCUACGCGUAUAUCAGAAUUUCUUUUGUUCGGUCGAGAAUAUCUAUCUAUCUAUCUAUCUAUCUAUCUAUCUAUCUAUCUAUCUAUCUAUCUAUGUGCGGUUUUGCUCACUUUCUUUCCUCUGUCUAAGCAGGUCGAUCAUUAAGGUUAGUCUUUCAGAUUGCCCUGUUCUCAUACAAGAACUGAUAAAAGUGCAAACAUCAGACCGCUCAUUAGCCUACCUAUCUAUCCUACUGUAUCUCUCUGAACCGGGGAUUCUGUUCCCAAUCUAUCUAUCUAUCUAUCUAUCUAUCUAUCUAUCUAUCUAUCUAUCUAUCUAUCUAUCUAUAGGUUGUCCAACCUCAGUCUAUUUCUUUCUUUUUAUCUAUCUAUCUAUCUAUCUAUCUAUCUAUCUAUCUAUCUAUCUAUCUAUCUAUCUAUCUAUCUGUACUUUUGUUUUUUUACAUCUAUGA